AUGGCCUGGCGAGAUUCUCCGCUGGAACCCCACCCACCGCCACUCCCCGAUCCAGACCCCGAGCCAGAAGCCGAACCCGAACCACUGCUCGACCCACCUCCACCUCCUCCCCCGCCGCCGCCUCCUCCUCCUCCUCCAUUAAUAGUUCCAUACCCACCCCCGGAUCCCCCGCCGGAUCCGAAUCCAGACCCGUACGCUCCCGCGGCCGUGCCUCCACCUCCUCCUCCUCCGCCGCCGCCGCCGGCGUUGGGCUGCGCAAGGCUGGGAGAAUUUGGAGGUGGGGGUUUUUGGUGUGUGGCAUUUGGUGAGCUCGCGGCUUGCCAAGGAGGCUGCCGACGUUUAAUUAAGCUACCAAGGUGGCGGCCUUUUGGCCGAUCGGACGCAACACGCAACGCAAAUGGCCUUCCCGUCAACAUGCACAGAAAAUUGGAUAAUUCCAUCCGCAUGCAACUGGGUUUCCAUCUCUCUCUUCUUGCUCCUCACUCAAUUUCAAUUGCUGUUACCAUUGCGGAUCCGGAAUUAAUUCAAUACUUGGAGUGGCCAAAGCAUCAAUUUGAUGAAAAUACUUAG